AUGGAGAGUCCACACGAGCACCAACAGAGUUUACUACUCUCCCGAAUCAUCACCAACAUUGAAAAGCUCAAUGAAGCUGUCAUGAUCUUGAACAAGAGUCUCCAGGAAGUCAACGUCCAAAACAUGAAUGUUGAAUUGGUGGCGCAGAUGUUCAAGAACUACCAGUCCAACGUCCUAUUUCACCUUGAAGAGCGAAUUAUAACCUCUACGCGCGCAAGCGGCUCAAGUCACAAAGACUCACCAAAACCGCCUCCGAAAAUCUACAAUGUCCAAGAAUACCCAUUCAAGGGUUACCGUCCCCCUCAACCCGAUGGCUAUGAGCAGAGCAGGUCAUCUCCGAGUUCGAGCGCGAUCGUGAUUGAUAAUGGCUCCCACACCGUCAAAGCAGGAUGGUCAUUCGAUAAAUCCCCCCGAUUCGUUCUACCACCCGUGAUGAGCCGAUACCGAGACCGGAAACUGAAUAAAGCCUGCCAAUUCAUCGGCUACGAUGCGUAUGUCGAUGCCACGACGCGAGGACAGUUGCGAUAUGCCUUUGAUCCUGGUACCAGCGUGGUCGGAAACUGGGAUGUCAUGGAGGGUGUCUUGGAUUACGUCUUCCUGAAACUUGGUGUGGAUGGCUCAGAGGGUUCGGUUGAUAGACCAAUUGUCAUGACGGAGCCUAUUGCGAAUUUGACGUAUCCGCGACGCAUGAUGAACGAGAUUAUGUUUGAGUGCUACGGUGUCCCGUCCGUCGCGUACGGAAUCGAUUCGCUGUUUUCGUAUCGAUACAAUGGUGGAAAAGAUGGAUUGAUUGUUUCGUCAUCGCAUACGUCGACACACGUGGUUCCGGUACUCAAUUCGAAAGCACUACUAUCAAACGCGACACGACUGAACUGGGGUGGAUUACAAGCGUCGGAAUACUUGUUGAAACUCAUGCGACUCAAAUAUCCGACAUUCCCGGCACGAAUGAUCGAGCACCAAAUGGAGGACCUGGUACACAAACUCUGCUACGUGUCUACAGACUACAACGAGGAGCUAAGCCAUUUCUUGGAUUGGACGGGUCUCGAAGACCGGGACUAUGUCGUCCAGUAUCCGUUCACAGAGCACGUUGUCGUCGAAAAGACUCAAGAAGAGCUCGACAAGAUUGCGGAACGGAAGAAAGAAAGUGGGCGACGUCUACAAGAGCAAGCUGCAAAGAUGCGAUUGGAGAAGUUGAUGAAAAAGGAACAAGAGCUGGAGUACUACAAGGAUCUACAGCAGAAGCUACCGUCGCAAACCAAAAAGGAGACCCGGCGGCUAUUGGAGGCUGAAGAUAUGAAAGACGAGGCGCACCUUGAUCGCACAAUCCGGGAUCUGGAACGGUCUAUCAAACGUUCACGAAAUAAGGACCUGGGCAUUGAUGAAACCGAGGAGAAUCCAGAAGAAGCGACCUUUCCUAUGCUUGAUAUCCCUGACGAAGAAUUGGAUGAGGCUGGUCUCAAGGAAAAACGCCACCAGCGGUUAAUGAAGUCCAAUAUGGAAGCGCGCCAACGCGCUAAAGCUGAGAAAGAGGCUGAAAAAGCUCGCGUUGAGGAAGAGCAAAGACUAGACGAAGAGCGACGCGAGAACGACUUUGAAGCCUGGAUCGGCGAAAGACGUGCUGCCCGUGACGCCUUACUACAAAAGAUUAAAGAGCGGGAGCGUCUCAAGGCAGAUCUUGGAAAUCGCAAGUCGCUCGCCAGUCAAAUGCGCAUGAAGACUUUGGCAAACCUAGCAGCAGAGGGACCCAAAAAGCGACGACGAGGCGGUGACGAUGAUGAUUUUGGUGCUGACGAUAACGAUUGGGGUGUAUACCGACAGGUCGCCACGGGCGAACAGAGCGACGACGAAGAGGAAGAAGACUUGGGCGUGACGCUCAAGACCCUUGAAGAACAACUACUCCAGUACGACCCUGAAUUUACGCACGAACACACUCUAGACGCACAAUCAGACUGGACCAAAAGCCUAGUCCACGUUUUCCUACGUGGACCGUGGCCAUUUGAUCCCGAGAGCCAACGCGAAGCGCACCAAAUCCAUUUGAACGUUGAAAGGAUUCGCGUCCCCGAAGUAGUCUUUCAGCCCUCAAUAGCAGGCGUUGACCAAGCGGGUCUCGUCGAAAUCGCAGCCGACAUCUUGAACCAACGAUUCACCAGCGAAGAAGACCGCACGCGACUGCUAAAAGAUGUGUUUUUGACCGGCGGAAAUACGCUCUUCAAAGGCUUUGAUGAACGGUUACGCAGCGAGUUGGUGGGGGUGUUGCCUACUAAUGCGCGCUUGUCUGUUAGGCGGGCCGCGGAUCCGGUGCUGGAUGCUUGGAAGGGAGCUGCGCAGUGGGCGGCGACUGGGUCGGAGUUGGCGACUUGGUCGAUUUCGAGGGCGGAGUAUCAGGAGAAGGGGAGUGAAUAUUUGAAGGUAGUCAUUCCCUUGCCCUUUUUUUUUGUUGCGGUGGUUGCUAAUCUACGUCUACAGGAACACGACUUGGGGAAUAUCAGCAGUGUUUAG